AGGGUUAAACGACUGGAGGAGAGAGAGGUGGGGCGGGGGUCUGCAGCCCAGGUUGGCAACACCGGUGAGUUGCUCCCUUCUUCGUCCUCCCUCGCUGCUUCCAUCCAAACAGCGCUGGUCCCUGGGGGAGGUGGGAGGUGCCAGCGGGUGCCGGGCGGGAGCGUUCCAGAGGCAGCCAGCACCCUGAGGGAGACUGGCAUUUUGGCCCUACAUUCGGAGAAAAUGUCCUGAGCGUGUGCCGGUCGCAAGGAAGGCACGUUCCCUAAGGGCCAGUCACUGCCUCUUCCACUGCCAGAUUGUUUUUAGAUCGGAGUUCUAGUCCAAGGUUAUAAAUCUUCAACUUGACCCCAAGCUGUAGGUUCUUUCCAGACCGAACAGGUGAGCACCGCACACUGCUCGAGUCUCAGUUCUUGUGUCCCCUGAGCGCUCUGAGCUGCCUAGCCCGGCAGGAUCGUCAUGUUCCCCUGGGGCCUGAGCUGCCUGUCAGUGCUGGGGGCUGCGGGCACUGCUGUCCUGUGCGCGGCCCUGCUGCUUAACCUGGCCCAGCACCUUUGGACCCUCCGCUGGACGCUAAGCCGGGACCGGGCCUCUGCCCUGCCCCUGCCCAAGGGCUCCAUGGGCUGGCCCUUCUUCGGUGAAACGCUGCACUGGCUAGUUCAGGGCUCGAGCUUCCACAGUUCCCGCCGGGAGCGCUAUGGGACCGUAUUCAAGACGCACCUGCUGGGCCGGCCGGUGAUCCGCGUGAGCGGCGCGGAGAACGUGCGCACCAUCCUGCUGGGCGAGCACCGCCUAGUGCGCAGCCAGUGGCCGCAGAGCGCGCACAUACUGCUGGGCUCGCACACACUACUGGGCGCAGUUGGCGAGCCACACCGGCUGCGGCGCAAGGUGCUGGCGCGCGCGUUCAGCCGCGCGGCGCUGGAGCGCUACGUGCCGCGCCUGCAGGGGGCGCUGCGGCGCGAGGUGCGGUCCUGGUGUGCCGCUGCCGGGCCGGUCGCAGUCUACGACGCCACCAAGGCUCUCACUUUCCGCAUGGCCGCGCGCAUCCUGCUGGGGCUGCGGCUGGACGAAGCACAGUGCGCCACUCUGGGCCGGACCUUCGAACAGCUCGUGGAGAACCUCUUCUCUCUGCCCCUGGACGUGCCCUUCAGCGGCCUGCGCAAGGGCAUCCGGGCAAGGGACCAGCUGCAUCAGCACCUGGAGGAGGCCAUUGCUGAGAAGCUUCAUGAGGACAAGGCUUUGGAGCCAAGGGAUGCCCUCGACUUGAUCAUUCACAGCACUAGGGAGCUGGGCCAUGAACUCUCAGUUCAGGAGCUGAAGGAGUCGGCCGUGGAGCUCCUCUUCGCUGCCUUCUUCACCACGGCCAGUGCCAGCACCUCCCUCCUUUUGCUGCUGCUGCAGCAUCCGGCAGCCAUCGCUAAGAUUCGACAAGAGCUGGUGGCGCACGGGCUGGAGCGCGCGUGCGGGUGUGCCCUCGGGGCCGCUGUGGCGGUGGGGACCGUGGCAGGGCCCUGGCCGGACUGCGGCUGCGAGCCGGACCUCAGUCUCACCGCGCUGGGCCGUCUGCGCUACGUGGACUGCGUGGUCAAAGAGGUGCUGCGCCUCCUGCCGCCGGUGUCGGGAGGCUACCGCACAGCUCUGCGCACCUUCGAGCUCGACGGCUACCAGAUCCCCAAAGGCUGGAGCGUGAUGUAUAGCAUCCGGGACACGCACGAGACGGCCGCGGUGUACCGCAGCCCUCCCGAGGGCUUCGACCCAGAGCGCUUCUGCUCGGCGCGCGAAGAUGCGCAGGGCGCCUCCAGUCGCUUCCAUUACAUCCCUUUCGGUGGCGGUGCACGCAGCUGCCUCGGCCAGGAGCUGGCACAGGCUGUGCUCCAGCUGCUAGCGGUGGAGCUGGUGCGCACCGCCCGCUGGGAGCUGGCCACACCCACCUUCCCUGCCAUGCAGACCGUGCCCAUCGUGCACCCAGUGGACGGGCUGCGGCUCUUUUUCUAUAGGCUCACGCCUUCGGCUGAGGGAGAUGGGCUAAGCUUCUGACCUACAGCGUUGCGCGACACAGCGUGGCGGGUGGCAGCGAUGCGCACGUAGCGCCACCCACCUGCAGCUGCUUAGUUCAACCUCGCGAACCCACUCAUUUGUUAAUUUUUUCAACAAAUGUUCACCAAACACGUCUCUGUGCCAGACUCCAGGGACAAGAAGCUCGAGCCACAGCAGCCGAGCCAGAGAAGC